ACUUGUUUCACAUUACCAUUACCACAUUUAUACACAAUAUAUAUCUUUUCAUUAUUUCCACGAUUUUGAUUUCGUUCGGGAAGAAGACACGUUUUUCUAAAAAAUCGUUCUUGGACUUUUCCAAACAUAAAUCCACGUCAAAAUGGCUGAAAACACCGCAGAAGUUGAGCACAAGGCUAAAAGGCCUUUCCGUAAAUUCACAUAUCGUGGCGUUGACUUGGACCAGCUUUUGGACAUCCAAGGAGAACAGUUGAUCGAGCUGUUGCACUCACGUGCUCGCAGGCGUUUUUCACGUGGUGGUCUUAAGCGCAAAGAGUCAGCAUUGGUGAAGAAAUUGCGUCGAGCAAAGAAAGAAGCUCCCCCUAUGGAAAAACCUGAAGCUGUGAAAACUCAUCUCCGCAACAUGAUCAUUGUUCCUGAAAUGGUUGGCAGUAUUAUUGGUGUCUACAAUGGAAAAGUUUUCAAUCAAAUUGAAAUCAAGCCUGAAAUGAUUGGUCAUUAUUUGGGUGAAUUCAGUGUAACAUACAAACCAGUUAAGCACGGAAGGCCUGGUAUUGGUGCCACUCACAGCUCUAGGUUUAUUCCAUUGAAAUAAAUUAUAUUUUUUUUUUCACAAUAAAAUAACUCAUGUGAUUCUAAUA